AUGGGCGUUGAGAGAUUUAUAUAUAAGCCAAGGAUAAAGAACCUAGUGUUGGUGUUGUUAAACGGUGAUUAUCCUAGUGUAAACUACGACGAAGAUGAUGAUUUGAGGCUAUACACAUUGAGAUGUCCAUUGCAGUACAAGUCUUUUAUACAGAGCCUCCUGCCAACAACUGUGUUGCUUCAAUACAACACAUUGACUGAGUUAUCGCAGUUGCUAAAUGUGCUACAGAACCGUCACGUUAUUGUAUCAAUGGAUCCUAAAGCUGUAAGUGUGAUUUCUACCAAGUCCAUAAUAACUAUACAACUAGUCCGGUAUCUAUGUCAAAAAUAUCAUUGCGAUUUGAUCUCGAUGAAGAAUUUUGAGGCAUCCAUAGCAGGGGUGGGGGAAAUUAUUGAUCUUGGUUUCCCCAUCAAACCAACAUACGAAGAUUCCCAUGACAAUGUAUUGUAUAUACCAAAGACUUGGGAUAACUGGAGCAAGAUUGUGCUACACGGUAAAUCAGUUGCGUUACCAGAGGAAGAACUAGCUGGGGUAAUACGCAAUGAGGAAACACUUCAACAACUUGAUGAGUCUACAGAUGAUACCUUUUUAGAUGAUUAUUUAGAAAAGUACACCAGGCAGGAAAAAGCCAAAGAACCAGAGAUCACAGUACCAAAGACUUUGCAUGAGUUUGUACAAGCUGUAUUUGAAUAA